AGUAUCAACUUAAACAACUGACUUUUAAUCUAGAACAAUGGAAGGUUGUUACACCUUGAUCCACACACCGCUAUUUUAAAUUUCCUAUAUGCUGACUGUGUCAAAGCAUAAUAACAUACCGGUAAUAUGCGAGUAGUGGAGGUAGACUACAAAUCUGUCAUUUUCUGUCUUGUGUGUUCUAGUACCAAGGGUUCAAUUACUGCUGAGCACACCAUAGAGAUGUCUCAAGGGGGACUAGACAGAGAUUAACAAGACGAGUAAAAUCUGGUGAGACAGAGCGAAAACAGCAGGUUGCCAGUAAGCCAAGCUUCAGCCACGAAGAUACAGGAUAUUAAGAUAGAAACUUGAAAUGCAAACACAGAGGGAGGAAGACUCUCUGCCAGGAUGAGACCUGCACCAACAUGAGAAGAAGUAUGAACUGUGAGAAGGGGAAGUACUGGAGUCAGUGACCGGCAUGAAAGUGUGCUCUGAUCAAAGGAGUGUGCAGUGGAUUUUACGAUCUUCUGAUUCAUCUAAAAGUUGCGUCUUGCCAUCACUGAUCACCCAAGCCAGCUCUGUGCACUCACCCUCCCUCCCACCAUGGAUGUUGUCCCAGCUACCCAGCAGGAUGAUCCAGCUGCUGCAACACCCAGCCUCAACACCACCCCUGGGGAACCCAUGGAUGUGGAGUGUCCCAUCUGCUACCAGGAGUACAACCAGUACAACAAACGGCCACGUAUGCUGCAGUGUCUCCAUGUUUUCUGCACCGAGUGCCUCCAGAGGAUCCAGCUCUGCCCCUGCAAGCCCCCCAACCUCCGCAGCCCAUCAGCUAUCCCCUGCCCCCUCUGCCGCCACCUUACCCCCCUGGAGACUGGGGAUGCCCUCUCCUUACCCUGCAACUCCCGCAUCCUGGCCAGGCUACCCCAUGUGGGCUUCCGCCUGCCUGUGACCAAGGCAACACGCCUAGCCGCUGUCAACCAGAGAGUGGUGCUCUCUGUGGAGGGCGACAGCAGAGACACCCGCUACAUCAUCCUGCCCACACUCAGCCUGCGAGUGCAGCAGAUGCACCCGGGCAGGCCGUAUGGCACGGCUCCAGGUGUGGUGGGUGAAGAAGAAGUCAUAGAGCAGAGCAAGAAUACCCUGUUAUGUGUGCAACUGCUGGCUGUUACAUUCUGGGUGCUAUUUGUGAUCACCUGCGUGAUGGGGGUGAUGUUUGGGCCACAUUUCUUUAAUAGGAAACUUUGAUAGGAAAAAGGAAUUCUCCUUUAUAUAGCAGAUAUUGAAAUAGUCAUGAAAAAUUAGGUUGUCACAUGAAAUUUUAGAGAAUAUAAAACACAUGUGUUUUUUGAAUCUAUAUUUUAAUAUUUUAAAGAUAUUCUUUGACCAAUGUGUUUGCUAUUUAACCUGUAGUUAUGGGACCAACUAAAAUCUGACUGUUAUUUAUAGAAUACCAACACUUACACCAAGCCUUACUCUGUAUAUGUGUUGCUCUUGAUGAUAUACAGAUGAAGAGUUCCCUCUAGUGGUUUAUUUGGAAAUGUAGAUCUGAAAUUACUGUGAAUGAAAAAGUGAUUAAAACUAAAGGAUUUAUAAAGUUUUCUGUCUGCUUGUUGAAUAAUGUCAUUGGCUGAUGGCUGUCCUGAUGCCAAUGCAUACAUUUAUUAAAUAUACCUUGCAUAACAUAUUUAUACUAUGUCUGGUGUGUACAUUUAAAAAAUCACCAAAACUUGGCAUGGGUUAAUAAAAGUGUGCACAACUGUG